GAUAAGGAUAAAAGGCGGUCUUCGCGACAGCCCACUACACUGGCUGCAGCGGCACAGAGCAGAACUCACACAUCUGAUUCUCCAGCAGUUGUUUAUUUGGCCUUACAUCAUGUUCUGCAGAAGCGUUAGUUGGUUCAUCUGCAUUUUUGUCGCAGUACUCACAGCUGCCGACUAUAGCGACUCUCAUCCCAGUACAGAAUCGCCCACAGCAGGACAGGUCCAGGAGGGGAAAGACGCUGCAGCUGUGGACCUGGGCACCCUGCUGGACGCUGGAGACAGCGCUGUGGUGACUCUGGUGGCGGGCGACACACGUCUGGCAGCGCACAGGGCCGUCCUGGCCGCCAGGAGUCCCGUGUUCGCCUCUAUUUUCAGCCACGGCACGCUGGAGGCCGCAGUCCCAGACGUGGGGGGCCCACUGCUGCGCCAUCUCGUGGCCUACAUGUAUACCCUGCAGGCCCCGCAGCUGGCCAGGAUGGCCCCCCAGCUGCUGGUCGCGGCUGAUAAGUACGGCUUGUCAGGCCUGAAGGCACAGUGCGAGCAGCAGUUGGCCUCACAGCUGUCUGUUGAGACUGCGGUGACCACAGCUGUGCUCGCUAUUCGGAACUCCUGUAGCAGCCUUAAAAAGGCCGCCACCGCCUUCAUAAAGACUCAUAUUUUACACGUGAUGGCCACGAAGGGCUGGGCAGAUGCGCUACAUUGUCAGCCUGAAGAUCUGAUUGAAGUGCUCAAGCUGCUGUCUGAGCCACCAGCAGAAACCAGCACUCCAGCCACUGGAGACAGCGAGGUCACCCCGACCAGUCAGCUGCACAUGGGCCACAAAAACUGCAGCAUUGCUCCUGUUCCAGCUGCAAAGCACACAGCUACCUGCCCCACUCCCACAUUUGACGAUGCUUCCGUCUCUUUCCUGCGGACCCACUCUGCAGCGGAGAAAGGCAGGAGGAUGAUCAAGGCAGCUAACGAUGGGACAGUGCAAGAGCUGCAGAUGCUGCUGGCAGCUGGGGCUGAUGUUGGUGCGACGGAUGGGAACAAGAAUACUGCGCUGCACUGGGCAGCCUGGGAGGGUCACGUGGAAGCGGCGAGCUGUCUGGUGGGGGCUGGCGCGGAGGUGGACGCCGGGAACUGGGUCCAGAACACGCCGCUCCACUGGGCUGCAUGGGGCGGCCGGCCGGCCGUGGUGCGGCUGCUGGCGGCGUCGUCUGCAGACCUCAAUGCCAGGAACGUGGACGGGGACACGCCGCUGCACUUCGCCGCCGAGCACGGCCGCACGGAGGAGGCGACUGCACUACUCGAUGCAGGGGCUGACAGCGGGGCCAGGAAUCACAAGGGGAAAACCCCAGUGGACCACGCCAGGCAGUUCAACCACCAACACUGGAUAGACAGGAUAACACGAGACUAGCACUUCAAUACACACCUCUGAAGUAAAUAGAACACUGCUCUAGUAAAAUCACAACAGUAGCGACAAUGUGAGAUUCAUAUACACUAAUGUGUGUAGCAAGAAGCGAGUUUCCUUCCAUGAAAACUCAACAGUAAUCGAAACGUAUAUCAUUAAUAAUAAACAUGUUUUUAACUAAA